AUGUGGAGGAUGAUUUCCCAGGUGUCCCUGUUGAGGUCGCUGUGCUGCCUGCUAUUAAUGCCAGGUUAGUCCAACCAAAAUUCAGGUCUUUCUUUCGACUGCUCCUGUUUGUGGAGUUAAGGACAUAUAAUGGAAAAGCUCAUUGUCUUGUGUAGCUGCUUUGAAACUUUAAUAAAUAUCCUUUUAAUCUGCACCUAGGUUUGUUGGAAGCAACAUCUCUGUUGAAAGUGAAAAAUCCUCAAGGUAUUUACCUUUUCUUACACAUUUAUAUCAUUUAUUGAAACCUCAGCCUGGGAGCUGCAGAAUUGGUAGCAAAAACAAAACUAAAAAUGUUUGGCAACUUAUAAAGUCAUGUUACAUUAGAUAAAUGUACAUUAAGUUAAAGGGCUAAAUAGUCUUUAAGUGUAGUGAACAUAUUUUUAGAGAUAGUGUACAUAAUUUAAGAAAGAUCUAUUUUGUUGUAGAAAUAAAGUUAUUUUUUUAAGUGAUAAGAAUUGAAAUAAGCUUAAAAUCAUGUUUUCUCCCUAUUCACCUUGACUCCAUGCUCCUUCACAGGGAGCUCAGUGAGCAUUGGAUCCGCUCAGGCACAUGAUUUCCUGACUAACUCUCGUCCUAAGAGGAACACCGACCCAAAGUGGUACAGAGGGAAUCCUGAUUUCCAGUCCUACUAUCGUUUCUACAACAGCAUUGGCCACAUUGAGGGUGUAAGUUGCAGUUGGUUAGAGAUUUUUAUAUUAUGGGUUACUAUAUGGUUUAUUCUACCAAACCAGAAUCUGAUUUCUUUCCCUGAUUUGUUGCUCUGUUUUUCCCUCAGAUCUAUGAGAUCGACAGACUCCGUAUGUUGUAUCAGCAGAUGCGUCAUUUGGAGGUGACCUAUGGCCCUGAUGCCUCCAGUUACCAGAAUGCACUGGGCGUACUGACAACCACUCCAGAGCCCACAACUACCACUCAGCCUCCUCCACCCCCCACCACCCCUGCUCCCACACCAGACCCUCUGGAGAACGCUCAGAAGAUCUAUCUGUGUCACCCCAAAGAUCCUCUGUGCAAACCUCAGAUCGUCUACCUGCCAACAGGGGCUGUUCCAGUUCUGUGUGACCCACGUCACAACCCCGCCUGCAGGCCCAAAACAGAGGCGGAGAUAAAAGCUGCUGCUCCUCCCAAAGCCACCCAGCCUCCCCCUGCUCCACCAGCUCCCAAGAAGUCAGACUCCCCUCCUCCUCCCCCUAUCGUUACCAAAGGUAUGGAGUAUGACUGCGACCCAUACUGGGAUCCUGACUGCCUCAUAGAUCAUCCUCCUCGCCCCGUCAAGGAAACAGCACCAGAGGCACCCGCAGAGGAAAAAGUGGUGACGGAAGAAGUGGCUAAAGUCGAGGAAAGUGCCCCUGCAGCAGCCACCCAGAAACCCCUCUACCCUUUCUUUGAUCCUUAUGAUUUCAAACGUGACCUUUAUGAUCCCUUCAACUAUGUUGAUCCAGCUGCUGAAGAGUAGAAACAAAGCUCCUCAGACAUCAUCUGUGUUGAGAGUGUGAGAUGACUCAAUGAAAAGACAAGACCAAACCAAGGCACGACGGUCAACAACUAAAACCACUAAAAUAAUGUUUUAUAGGUCAGUUAAACUUUUAUGCUCAUAAUUCAUAAGACACACUCUCUUUGUUCAUAAGAGAUGCACAAUAACCUUUUGUAUAGAAGAACAAUUAAAAAGAAUAAAAAAUUAUAUAUAAUGGUAAUAAAUA